ACGCAUCCGACGUUGUCGUGCGCGAAAAACUCAGUCGACUUUCACCCAGCCCCCACGCACAGCUCCAUCGCAGCCAUACAUGCAUACUGCCUGUGACACAGACACGUACAGACCAACGACCGCAGCACUGCAGCACUCACUGCGCGCACUCAUGCAAACUCCCCUGACACGCACGCACGCACCCUGGCCACAAGACAGUCAGGCAUCACAUCAUUGCUGGCCAUUCUGCAGUGCCGUGACUGCCCACUCUUCAGCCGUCAGCCCCUGCUGUCCGGCGCCGCUGCCCAUACCGACGACGGUGGCGAAGAGGGCGCCGACUUCCUGGAGGGUGAUGGGCGUGUUGAGCAUCUCCUUGUGCACCUGCGACUCCGACGAUUCGAAGAAGAGGUUCUUCUCGUGCGUGGUGGUCGUCCAGAAGCGAUAUGUGGGAGGCUUCUCGCAGGAGAAGCUGAUGGCCUGGACGGUGACAUCGUAGUCGUCGUCAGCUUGACGCACGAUGCGCAGCAUGUAGCCCGACGCAGAGCCUGCAGACAACGACACAAACACCCCACCGCGAUGUACUGUACACUUGUUUCUCCCUCUCUUGUGGCGUCUACUCACCAUUGGGCGUCGCAUACGCAAACGAUGCGUUCAUGAUUUUCGUUCCGCGGCGACCGAUGAGGCGGAUGUCCUCGUUGAGCAUGUCUUUGAGUGCGUCUACUGCACUGUCGAAUCUCGCCAACUGCUGAGGCGGGAUCUCCUUGCGGAGCGCCUUGGCCUGCUUGGCGCACCAAGUCGGCACACAGGCACCAGACAGCCCCUCGACUUGAUUGCUGAAGUUUCGCAGGCUGAGGGUGUUGAACGAAAAGAGGGGUGGAACCACCAGGGAGCCGGCCUCCGUCCGCUGGUGGCGCGAGGCGAUGGGCUGGCCGUUCUGCCAGAAGGACUUGAUGCCAUCGAGGACGGCAUUCUGCGCAGCAUUCGAAAGGGAAUCAGACAUCGGCGGACGGAAG